AAAAACGUGCGCGUACGCAUGAAAACAUAAACACUAGCCGUACUCUCAGAUGGCAUGCAACGGUCAGAGUGAACGGACGUGUGUGGUGAUUGUGUAAUAGCCCAAAUUGUUGUGAUCAAUAAAAAGUCAAGAUGUCAGUCCUCCGAGCCAUAGCAGUAUUCCUGUGCGGAUUCCUGUCGCUCAGACUAUGCAGAGCGCAGAUCAUCAUGCCAGGAUCUUGCCCUGAUAUGAAGGCGAUGGAUAAUUUUGAUGCAUCACGAUACAUGGGAAAAUGGUAUGAAGCUGAGAAGUAUUUCUUCGUGUUCGAGUUUGGGGGAAAGUGCAUCACAGCUGACUACAGUUUGAAGGAAAAUGGAGUCGUUGGGGUUGUUAACAGGCAAAUAAAUAUACUGUCAGGAACUCAAUCAGAGAUCCAAGGACAGGCAACCCAAGUGAGCAGGUCUGAUGAAGCGAAGCUCGCAGUAUCAUUCCCAUCGCUGCCAGUCAACGUGGAGGCUCCAUACUGGGUCAUCGAUACUGAUUACGAUUCUUAUGCUGUCGUCUGGAGUUGUUAUGAAUUUGGGUUGUUCCAUACAGUGAACGCAUGGAUUCUGACCAGAGAAAGGAACCCACCAGUAUCAGUGCUAGAGAAAGCAUACGCUGUACUAGACAAAAACCAGAUCAGCCGAGCGUUCCUAAUCAGGACAAACCAGAAAGAUUGUGACGGAGCUACAAGCUAGAUACUUGUCGUACACAAUCUUCCUAUACUAUUUAUACAUAGACCGAUAUUGGAAUCCAUUCAAUUGAAUAAAGAAGAAAUAAAUGACGAUCAUAAAUUCGAAGGAUAUGCCAGUGCCAAUAAGAAGAACAAAAGUAGUUGUUAAGACGCUUUAGAUUGUAUGUUCAAUUUCGUGAUAGGUAAUCAUGCAUUUACUAUUCAUAAACAAAUGCUUUUAGUGUCCAUUGUCAUGACCAUAAUUAUUAUCGUUUAGCUUAAAGCUUAUGAAAGUGGACACCAUUAUUUCAUUAAAAUAUUUAAUAGUAGAAAUAUUUAUUUACUUAUUAUCAUUUAUUAUUGCACCUUCAAGUACAUGCACAUUACAUUACAGUAAGAAUGUAAGUAAACAUAAAGAAACAUUGGUAUCAUGUGUACAUAUUCAUUGCUAUUGUACUAUUAUAAAAUAAUAAUUAAGAUUAAGCUCACAAAUAAAACAAUAAAUGUUUCACAACAGAAAUGUAUAAUAUCCAUUAUCUACAACUUAAAUAAAUUAAAGCCUUUACAAAA